AUGAGUUUUCAUACAUUACUUGAUGAUCUUUAUAUUGAUCUUCCAGAUUGGUAUAAUAAUACAUUUCAUUUCAAUGCGAAGACCACAUGUAUGUCAAUUUCGUACCAUGGCGCAAUGCUUGCUGUAGGUCUUGCUAAUGGUCAAACGUGUCUGAUUGAUUCUUUUUCGGGAUGCGGUGACCAUCAGUUUUUUAAGCAUAAAUCCGCUGUUGUUGACUGCUCUUUUUCAAGAGAUGGAUUCUUACUUGCUCAUUGCGAUAAUAAGAACCUUACCAUUCAUAACAUUCAGACAAAACAAGUUGUUUUCGAACAGAAUUUCGAUGAUAAAGUACUUUGUAUACAGUUUUCGCGUAUUAAUCCACAAUUAAUUUACGUUUUAACAUCUAACGCAAAUUCCUUAAUCAGAUUCAACUUAUCAACAAGAGAAUCUAUGGUAUUUAACGGAUCAUUUACAAUUUUCAAUAUUUUGCCAAAUGAUUUCAUUGUUGCUGCGAAAGGAAGCAGAAUUACGCUUAUUGACACAGAGAAAAACGCUGUAGCAAAAGUAUUCGAUGCGCCCGCAAAGAAAAAUAUAUGCUCAAUCGAAGUUUCUCAUAAAGGAGAAUUAAUAAUAGUUUUAGACAAGGCAGGAGCUGCCCAUUUACUAAACGUUAACACAGGAGAGUUCAAGCAUAAGUUCUGCGACCACGUUGGCGAUACAAGAUUUGCAACAGCAAGCUUUGAUCGCCAUGAUGAACAUGCGAUCUUCGGAACAUCAGAAAUUGCAGACGCAUCAUUCGCGGCAUACGAACUUGAUUGUUAUUCUCUACGUAAAAACUUUACUAAUGGCCCUCGCGAAGUAAUUCUACAGUUAAUUUUCCAUCCUGUCCAUCCAAUUGUAUUUGCACGCGCUAUGAAAGGAAUACACAUAUGGCGCGCUGUUUACAAGAACAGAUGGAUACAUUCUGUGCCUGAACUUGAUAACAUGUUUACAAAUGAAAUGUAUCAAGAACCAGAAUGUGAAUUUGAUGCUGAAUUCGAAAGUGGCGUUAGGAAUGUUGAAGAUUUGUCCGGCCAUCCUGUUGAUAUAUUUACAAAAGUUCCAUUUUCAAUUUUUGAAAGUGACAAAAACUAUCCAAAUCAACUUAUCACGCUCCCAAUAACUAUUGAAGAUAUUAAAGCAGGAGUUGAUGAAGAAGAAAGUGAGGAUGAAGAAGAUUAUGAUGAAUAA